AUGCCCAGCCUGUUCUCCAAACACCUUCACCUCUGUUUCUUCAAGCUCAAAUACCCCACCAUUCUCCACCACCCUCAUCCUCCACCAUCCACCGACAACUCCACCACCUUCUCCCACCCCACGUCAUCCUCCGCCGAUUCCUCCUCCACGGAGCCUGACUUCGCCUCCGUCUUCGCCUCCCAGCGCUUCUUCUUCUCUUCCCCGGGCACCUCCAACUCCAUCGUGGAGUCCCCCGACACCCGCACCUUCCUCCCUACCGCCGGCGGCGUCAGAGUCCCCAAGUACUCCCUCAACCCCUACGUCGAUUUCCUCCGCUCAAUGCACGAAAUGAUCCGUUCACGCCAAGUCUUAGACAUCACCAAAGACUGGGACUACCUCCACGAACUUCUGCUAUGCUACCUCGCUCUCAACCCCACUCACACCCACAAGUACAUCAUUCGCGCCUUCACCGACCUUGUUCUCCAACUCCUCUCCUCCACCCCCUGUCGGACGCACCACCACCACCGGCGCCACCGUAGCUUCUCAGGAAACUUGCUCUAA